CAUGGGGAGGGCGUCGCGCGGUGUUUACCAACAAAGGGCGGGCCCGCGGCCUCGUCGCCGCGCCACCUGUCCAGAUCGCACCUCCCGGGCGGGAGUGGGGGCGCGCGCGGGUCUCCGGGACCGAGCUAGUCCGCGCUGGCGUUUGUGGGAUUCUGGUUUGCGGAGGACCCCGGAUCCGGAGCAUCGGGGUCGGGGUUCGAGCUGCGCAGAUGCGUGGAACGAGGAGUGAGAGAGAAGCCGAGCGCGGGGAAGGCGGCCAAGCGGGGCGGGCAGAUGUGGUCGGGGGCGGCGGGCUACGCGCCCCUCUACCAGAGAUUGCGAGGCGAAGGGAGCGGCUUCACUUAGCCAGUUCUGGGCGUGGGGAGGCUGAGACACGGGAGUGCAUCUACUACAACGCCAACUGGGAGCUGGAACGCACCAACCAGAGUGGCCUGGAGCGCUGUGAGGGUGAGCAAGAUAAGCGGUUGCACUGCUACGCAUCUUGGCGCAACAGCUCAGGUACCAUCGAGCUUGUCAAGAAGGGCUGCUGGCUGGACGACUUCAACUGCUACGACAGGCAGGAGUGUGUGGCCACCGAGGAGAACCCCCAGGUGUAUUUCUGCUGCUGUGAAGGCAACUUCUGCAACGAGCGCUUCACCCACCUGCCGGAAGCGGGGGGCCCAGAAGUCACGUACGAGCCACCCCCGACAGCCCCUACCCUACUCACGGUGCUGGCCUACUCGCUGCUGCCCAUUGGGGGCCUCUCCCUUGUCGUUCUGCUGGCCUUCUGGAUGUAUCGACAUCGCAAGCCCCCCUAUGGCCAUGUGGACAUCCAUGAGGACCCUGGGCCUCCACCUCCAUCCCCUCUGGUGGGCCUGAAGCCACUGCAGCUAUUGGAGAUCAAGGCUCGGGGGCGCUUUGGCUGUGUCUGGAAGGCCCAGCUCAUGAAUGACUUUGUGGCUGUCAAGAUCUUUCCACUCCAGGACAAGCAGUCAUGGCAGAGUGAACGAGAGAUCUUUAGCACACCUGGCAUGAAGCAUGAAAACUUGUUGCAGUUCAUUGCUGCCGAGAAGCGAGGUUCCAACCUCGAGGUAGAACUAUGGCUCAUCACGGCCUUCCAUGACAAGGGCUCCCUCACAGAUUACCUCAAGGGGAACAUCAUCACAUGGAAUGAACUGUGUCACGUGGCAGAAACAAUGUCACGAGGCCUCUCGUACCUGCAUGAGGAUGUGCCCUGGUGCCGUGGCGAGGGCCACAAGCCAUCAAUUGCCCAUAGGGACUUUAAGAGCAAGAAUGUAUUGCUGAAGAGUGACCUCACAGCAGUGCUGGCUGACUUUGGCCUGGCUGUUCGGUUUGAGCCAGGGAAACCGCCAGGGGAUACCCAUGGCCAGGUAGGCACCAGACGGUACAUGGCUCCUGAGGUGCUUGAGGGAGCCAUCAACUUCCAACGAGAUGCCUUCCUGCGCAUUGACAUGUAUGCUAUGGGCCUGGUGCUGUGGGAGCUGGUGUCUCGCUGCAAGGCAGCAGAUGGACCCGUGGACGAGUAUAUGCUCCCCUUUGAGGAGGAGAUCGGCCAGCACCCUUCUCUGGAGGAGCUGCAGGAGGUGGUUGUGCACAAGAAGAUGAGGCCUACCAUUAAGGAUCACUGGCUGAAGCAUCCGGGCCUGGCCCAGCUCUGUGUGACCAUUGAGGAGUGCUGGGACCAUGAUGCAGAGGCUCGCCUGUCUGCGGGCUGUGUGGAGGAGCGAGUGUCCCUGAUCCGGAGGUCGGUCAACGGCACUACCUCGGACUGCCUUGUCUCUCUGGUGACCUCCGUCACCAAUGUGGACCUGCCCCCUAAAGAGUCCAGCAUCUAAGCCCAGGAUGUGUCUCUCCAGACUCAGUGGAUCUGAAGAAAAUAAGUUGUGUUUUGUUUUGGAAAUCUUAUAAAACCAACAAACACAUAAAAUGCAGCUGCUAUUUGACCUUGACUUUAUUAUUAUUAUUAUUAUUAUUAAUAUUAUUUUUGGAUUGGAUCAGUUUUUACCAGCAUAUUGCUCUACUGUAUCGCCAACAGCGGACAUGUCAGCAGGCGUUGAGGUGCUGAGCUGUGAAUGCAGAACCAGCGCCAUGCUGAAGAGCCUCAGCCACCUCCUGUCCUUUGGGAUUCAUUUUUCCCACUUUCUCUUUGUUUGUUGUCUCAGAAUCUGUGACACAAAGAAACCCAUCUCCUGUCUUAGGAAACUUGAUGCUGCAAACUCUACUAGAGGAAACUUUGAUGACUGUUACAUAACAUAAUUUCCUCAGAAGAGGAUCUCUUUCCCCCUCUGCCCUUCUCCUACCUCCCCACCUUUUAUUUUGUGUUUCUCCCUUUCUAGGCAGUGAGUAAGAAACAGCAGAUGUAUCUUUCACGGAUCUAACGGGUGUUGUCCUGACCGAAGAGAACUGGGAUGAGGAUGAAGGAUGGCUUGGACUGGAGUUGGAAGGGCAAGAGGUGUUGGGGUAGGGUUGAAACAGAGCUACACUGGACUCAGGCACAUGCAGAGCAACAUCCUUUGCUAUGGAGGCUACUUCUCAGGUAACCAGGAAUCGAGGGCAAGAACCUUGUGGGCCGAGCAUUAAUGGCAAGUGUGGGGUUUGGAGAAAGUCUGAGCACAGGGGCAGCUCAAGGUUCUAACCAGUUUUUUCCCAAUAACUUUUGGGCUUGGUCAUAGGAUGAAACAUUAUUUCUGUCCAAAUUUUAAGAUGAAGCAAGGGCAUAAAUCAUCGUAGUUUAAUGAACAUUCUUCAUAAGACAAUUCUAUAAAUAUGUUUAAUGGAGGAAAUACUGAAACACCCUGUCCUCCUAGAGCAGUUUGCAAAAUGCCCAUGGGCACCCUGCAUAGCUAGGUCUAGCUGAGUGGCUCCUCCAGGACCUGUGUCUCUGGGGUCUUCUGAGCCCUGCGGCUCUGGCCCAACCCACUGUGCUGUGGCUCGUGGAUGUGGCUUUCUCCAUACCCCUUAAAGUGGUGCAUAUUCUAAAAACCUUUCUAUUUUGCCAUAACCUUGCUCUAGUCAGUGAAUGUUGCUGAUGCUGCUGUUUCGACAUUUGAAUUUCUUACUUUUUGGAACAUACUAAAUUUGUUUUCAAACAAAACGUCCACAUCCACAUUUACACAUAAGCUUUGCUAUGUGGCUUCCGAGGUUUAAAUUUUAAGAAAGAAAAUAAUAAAACUUCACGACCACAGACCACCUCAAACCAGAAAUACCUCAGAAUUUUUUCUACUUGUAUAAGUUUUAUUAUGUAUUUUGUUAGUUGUGUUGUUGUGUAGUAAGUAUACUUUAAUGUAAGUUGGUUUUUAUGACAAGGAAGUUUUGAAAAGUAGAAAAACCCAGAUUUGUGUCUUUUAGGGAUUAUUAUUUUUGUUUGAUAAAGCCCUCUUGUAAAUAAUUAUCAUUGACUGUAUGUAGGUUGGCUGUCUGGGCUGAGUCUGGGCAUUUAUCACUCUUGUUGGGAAGGCUUUUCCUUCCGGUUUCUGUAGUUUUUUUUUUAAAAUAACAUCACAUCUCUUGAAUCUUUAUGGUAGGCGAGUUGGUGGGUGAGGGGAGAGCUUGACCUGGGUGAACUAAGGAGACCUCCUUUAGGGCUGAGUGGGGUGCAGAUGUUCCCUGUGACUUGAUGGGUCAGUAUUCAGAAUGACAACACCUGAGCUUGGUGGAAAUGGCCAUUAGGCCCACAUGAGCUAAUUUUACUUGAAGUUUAAUUCUUUCAGUAGCUUAGUGGUGGUGUCUAUGAGGAGAUGGGCAGCAUCUGCCUGCAAGGUGUAACUGUAAGAUGGUUCUAGAGGAGCACAUCUGCGUGGAGAGGCUUGUUCUUUGCCAGCCCAGGGGCUCGUGGGGGUCCAUGGGGUCAGCAAAGUGAGGCGCACUGUGUACAUGGAGGUGACUGCUUCUGCUCAGUGUGCUGUGUGUGGUAUCUUGGCUUACUGUGGGGUGACUAUUGCUCUGGGGGUCAGGGCACAGGGUGUGCUGGAGGAGGCUAGUUUCCUCCCCUCAGAGCUUGGUAUUUGCAUUUUGGGUCAAAAUGUGGUCUGGCAGAUGGUUAUAGGGACAGGUGUUUUGUUUUUAUUUUUGUAAGCUAUAUUGUCUUUUCCCUCAGAAUAAUUUUAAACUACGAAACAGGCCUUACAGCAGUUGCUUUUCUUUUCCACUUAUUUCUUUAAGAAGCUUUAAAGUAUUUAUUAAAAAGUGCCAUAUUCUACUUUCUUUAGCUUUCCUCUCAGGCAGUGGGGGUAUGUGUACUUUUCUCCCUCAGAACAAAUAAAAUUAGGUAAUUCACUACAGGAAUAAUAGAUCACCAAUCCUAUAUAGUGCCAAACACUAAACCCCAGCUUUCUCUUUGAUUUUAGGUUUCUCUGGGUAGUUUUUCUUAUCUCUGCUGGUUGGCUUCAUAGAAGUGAAUGGCCUGGAUGAGGGAGUGUUGAGUGGUAGUCAUGACAUGGGACCUUCUAGUGAGGCCACAGUACAGCAGGCCAGCCUGAUCCCUUUUCUCUGAGUGGCUUCCCUCUUUGCUGACCCUGUGCCUAGAUACUGAGGUGCCCCUGUGGAGCCUUGCCAUCAGAGUGAAGUGUCAAGUGUUGUACCAUUUGGUGGGCUGGGUAAUAGGAAAGAUUGAAGGUCCAUCUCCGUUUCUGGGGCUUUACCCUGUCUCUUCCUUAUGUUGUUGUGUAAAAUGUGCCCCUCCGAUGUAUACACGGUUACUAAUGAUUAGAAUGUGGGUGAUUUCCUUCUAGGGCAUGGCUCUUGGGACCCCUAUGCCCAAAGUGUCUGUUCACUAUCACAUGCUAUCUGAAGGGAACCCUAGUUGGCAUUGAUGAUGAUGAUGAUGGUGCUUGAGUCACAGGGCCUCUGCCUGUGCUCUUCUCCAUAUUUCACACAGUAUCCAUUUUGGAGGUUCAGAAAACUUUUUUUAUUGCCCCAAGUUCUGUGGAAGAUAAGUGGCAGUAGGUCCUGUCCCUGCCCAUGGGAGGGGUUGUCAUGUUCAUGGUGAGAGAGGCAUGACCAAGGAUCCUUGCUCCUUCCUUUCUAUUGUGUUGUUGUCUAGCUAAGCAGGCCCUUUGCAGAGACUGUUCUAGUUGGAAGCACUUGUGAUAACAGUGUGAAGUCACACCUAGCUAGAGAAAUCCAGGGAUAAGCCAGGGCAA